AUGGCGCAAGACGGGGUUCCUAACGGGUCGGGCGACUCUCAUAGCCCCUCGCAGCGUUACCUGAGCACUCGCGGCGAGGACAGUGACUGCUCGUUUGAAGAGGUCGUUUUGCGUGGCUUGGCCACCGAUGGCGGCCUGUACAUUCCCGAGCAGAUCCCCGGGGCUGCGGCUUGGGCGAGCUGGAAAGACCUGGCCUUCCCUGACCUGGCGUACGAGAUCAUGUCUCUGUACAUCUCACCGUCCGAGAUGCCCUCACCGGAGCUCAAGGACCUUGUCCGCCGAAGUUACUCGACCUUUCGCAGCGACCAGGUCACCCCCCUCGUCCACCUCGAUGGCAACCAUUAUCUUCUCGAACUCUUCCACGGUCCCACGUUUGCCUUCAAGGACGUUGCCCUUCAAUUUGUUGGCAACCUGUUCGAAUACUUUCUAGCGAGGAAAAACGAGGGCAAGGUUGGAAGAGACCGUCAUCAUCUCGCAGUCGUCGGUGCCACCAGUGGCGACACUGGCUCCGCUGCCAUUUACGGCCUGCGCGGCAAGAAAGACGUUUCGGUGUUCAUCAUGUUCCCCAAGGGUCGCGUGAGUCCCAUUCAGGAGCUGCAAAUGACGACCGUCUUGGACAAGAAUGUGCAUAACCUCUCCAUUGAAGGGACCUUUGACGAUUGCCAGGAUAUCCUAAAAUCCUUGCUCGCCGAACCAGAGGCCAAUAAGCCGAUCAACGUUGGGGCCGUCAACUCCAUCAACUGGGCUCGUAUUUUGGCACAAAUUACGUAUUACUUCCACUCGUACUUCUCUCUGGUCAAGCAAUCCUCCAGCUUCAAGCUCGGCGACAAGGUCCGAUUCGUCGUGCCCACUGGCAAUUUUGGAGACAUCCUGGCCGGGUACUUUGCCAUGCGCAUGGGUCUGCCUGUCGACAAACUAGUCAUCGCAACCAACGAGAACGAUAUUUUGGACCGCUUCUGGAAGACUGGAAAGUACGAGAAGCAGCCCGCACCUGAAGACGGCAAGGAUAUCGCCCCCGAGGGCGUCAAGGAGACUCUCAGUCCCGCCAUGGACAUUCUGGUGUCUAGCAACUUUGAGCGCCUGCUUUGGUUCCUGGCAUAUGAAUUUGCCUCGAGCGCAGGCAUGGACGACCAGUGGAACAAGAAGCAGGCGGGGCAGGAGGUUUCAAAGUGGCUUAAGGAGUUGAAGACGACGGGAUCAUUCGGCCCUGUCUACCAGGACGUGCUAAAAUGCGCCAAGCGCGACUUUGACAGCGAGCGGGUUGACGACCGGCAAACCCUGGAAACCAUACAGGCUUUGUACAAGAAGGUUGGAUACGUUCUUGAUCCGCAUUCCGCCGUCGGUGUCGCCGCCGCCAUCCGAUCCGCCGCCAACGCCAGCCCGGAUGUUCACCACAUCUCAUUGUCGACUGCCCACCCCGCCAAGUUUUCCGGCGCAGUGGAGAAGGCAUUGAACGGACAAGAGGGCUUCGACUUUGAGAACAAGGUCCUACCCAAAGAGUUUGUCGGGCUGGCUGAGAAGGAGAAGCGGGUUACUGAGGUAGAAGGAAGUGUUAGUAAGGUCCGGGAGCUCGUCAAGGCCCAGGUAGAGCAGGAACUUUCCCAGUCCUGGUGA